AUGACCACCCAACCAGAGAAUCAGUACGCCAAGGCUGCAGUCCUGUUGUAUGAUGGCGCCGAUCUUCUCGAUUUUACAGGUCCAGUAGAGGUUCUCUCUCAUGUCCUGCAUAACCGUGACCCGGAUGACCCCGAUUCAAUGUUUAUAAUUGAAACUCUGGCUCGCACGCCAACUAUUCGAUCAGGGUGCUCACUCACUGUGAAGGCUGACCGACUGCUUGAUGAUGCGAUCAAUGAUCUCACAGAGUAUGACAUGCUGAUCGUUCCUGGUGGACCGCCAUCGGUAGUUCAACCUCUUCUCCAGGGUGAUUCUGCCGAGGUUGAUGUCAUCCGCAGAUUCUCAGCGCUGCCUCUGUCAUCCUCGCAGAAACCUAGGAUUCUCUUCUCAGUCUGCACUGGUUCUUUGCUUCUAGGUGGCGCGGGGAUUCUGGGAGGCAUGAUUGCCACCACACAUCAUCGUGCCGUUGAUAUGCUUCGGGAUAUAUGUGCUCAAUUUAGCGAGAAAAAUGAUCAUCCGGUAACUGUGGUUCAUAAGCGCUACAUCGACGGGGGCUACUUGAAAGGGGAUACUGUUCGUCUGUUCACAGCUGGCGGUGUCAGCUCGGGUCUAGAUGCCACGUUCCAUAUCGUGCGCGAGCUUGCAGGCUCCGACAUGGCUGCGUUUGUAUCUCGAGUGAUGGAGUAUGAUUGGACUGAGCUUAAGAGGUGA